UUUUCUGACACUUUUCAGUGAAAAAAAAGACACAUAAAUCAAUUUUGACAAUAAUCGAAACACAGGUUAUUUUAAAAUGCCGUAAUAACAAACUAAAAGAAGAACUGUUUUGAAAUACUACCAUAACGGUUGCCUUAUAUUUGAUUUACUAACGCUGACUGCUGAGAGAGAGAUAAAGACAGAGAGAGGCAGAAAAACACAGAGAAAAACAAACAUUACGUUACUUAUUGCAAUAAGGGAAAACACAGAGAAAAUACUGGUUGUUGCAACAGGCAAAUCUGCGCCCAUAUAAAGGGAUCCGCUUAGAACACGUCUUGGUGUGAACACCUCUCUUUCCAGUAAGUUCAUACACGAACCCAUCGGACUUUAAGCUGCUCUCCUUUUAAUGAUCAUCACUGAUACUGUUGAAUGAUACAAAUGUCUUCGCCUUCAUUGCAGGAUUGCCACUCUGCCUUAUCUUGGCCAUCCACUCAAUAGUCAAGCUGAUUCAAGAAUGAUGAAAUGUUUGCCACUGCUGAGAGUUGCGCUAGCAGUGCUGCUGCCAGUAGCAGCUUAUCAGUCCCCUCUGCCCACAGACUGUAGUGACAUCUACAGAGCCGGUUCAGGCCAGGACGGGGUGUACACCAUCUAUCCAGCGGGGCCCACCUCUCCUGUGCAGGUUUACUGUGACAUGAGCAAAGAUGGCAUCGACAAUUCUGCAGAGAAGUGGACGCUUCUCGAAAGGAUGUUGAUGAGAGCAGUAAGACUGAACCAAAACUGUAAAGCUGCCAGCUGUAAAGCCAAAACAGUCAUUCAGAGAAGACAAGAUGGCACGGUGAACUUCUUCAUGAAGUGGGAUCACUACAAAACUGGAUUUGGCAGCGCUACUGGAGAGUACUGGCUGGGCCUGGAAACAAUGCACCUGCUGACCCAGGCCAAGAACUACGAGCUGAGGGUGGACAUGGAAGACUUUGAGGGCCAGAAGGUCUUCGCCGAGUACUCUUCUUUCUCUGUUGGUCCAGAGUCAGAGGGAUACAUGCUAAAUCUGGGACGUUUCACCAGAGGAGCAGCAGGAGACUCUCUAAGUCUUCACAAUGGGCAGAAAUUCACCACCACUGACAAAGAUCAAGAUACGCAUGGUCAAAACUGUGCCAGGCUUUGCUAUGGAGGAUUCUGGUACUCAGGCUGCUUUGGUGCUAACCCCAACGGGGUCUACACCUGGGGACCGUCACCCCGUGCAGCUGGUGUACAGUGGAACACUUUCAAAGGGCUCGAAUACUCCCUAAAAACCAUGGUAAUGAAGAUCAGACCAGCUGCUGCAUAAAAACGGAACUGGGUCGAGAGUCACCGCACUCAGCUUUGAUUAAGUUGUGCAUUACAACAUUCAAAGCAAACAAGAGUUUCUAUUGUAUUUAUUCGUUGAGGACGGAGAAGAAAAACAUUUCAGCUCAGACAGUUUAACCCCUAUUAGAUAGGCAGGAUCGGGAAAGCGAAACUAUCAGCUGAUCCAUCAGCUGGAACGAGGUCAUCAGCUGAGUAGCCCCGCUUCCCGACACGUGCCGCUUGACAACCGCUGCAUCUCGGGGAAUCGUGGAAUCAGCACCGAACUACUUCGGAUCCAAACGAAGGAGGCUCGGAGUAGGCUAAACAUCGACUCUGCUUUCCGGGACAAGAGUUGAUGUCAGAUAGUGCUCUGAAUUAUUGAUAUUAUCAGUUCUAGAGAUAUGAUUCAUUCCCAUAACAUUCCUACUUUCCUGAUAAUGCUAAUUCACAGACUUUAUUUCACUAUUUCCAAAGUAAAGUGAUCCAUUUCAUUGUAUCAUUCAAAAAUCAAUCUGUUUGAUUCUGACCUGAUUACCUUGUGUUUGUUAUCAAUUCUGCAGUUAUUCAGUUGCUUAUAGACAUUUAGUGACAAUAAAUAAUACUAUAAUUAUAUAAUAAUUAAUAUAAAUAUUGUUAAGUCGUUGUCUGGAUAUUCGUUUUUGGGGAGAAACAAUAGAUCACUGAACUGAGAGUUUAACUCAUUUGGAUUAAAGACUGAUUAAUUUUAUUAAUUUAACAGCUGGUUAUAUUUUAUAUUUUUCUCUUCAAUGCAAAAAACAAAACAAUGCAUCGAUCCUAGUGCCGAGGAUUGUUUGAUAUAUCUUAUUCCUCUGUGACCAUAGAGCUCCAUUUCUGUCCAAAAGCAAUUAAAAACCAAUCAAUGAGCAACACUGCUGCAGUGGGUGACGUGUUUCUUCAUUACCAUAAACUUGGGCCCUGUCAUUUAAUUUGACUCAAUCACACACACACACACACACACACA